GGGCUCCUGCUCCCCCUGGGGCAGUGGUGGGCCACUGGCCGCACUGACUGGCAGAGCUGCAGGGGGCCCGGGAUGCUCCCCAGGAACUGUGUGCCAGCUCUCUGCAUCCUGUCCAUCCUCAGCGCCCCCUGCCUGCAUGUCACCAAGAGCUUAUUGCGGCCUAGCAGGGACACUGGCCAGACAGCCCCUCCCUCCAGCCAGAAGCCCACCCCAAUCCGGGGCGUCCCCGAAGGCCCCCCGGGACCUGGGCAGGCGACAGGUCCUGGCCUCCAGCUCCUGCCAUGUGGACUCCGACCCCCCACCACUGCAAGGCAAGAUGGUUCUUCCAGCACAGGGGGCCUUCUGGUGCACCAGCUGACUACAAGUCCAUUCAGACAAACCACCGAGAACUUUAAAACUGCCGUCUUCUGCUUUAUUGACAGCGUGGCGAGGACGUCGGCUGGCAGGGGCAGAGGGAAGCCUGCCGGCGGCUCCCGGCAAGCUUUCAGAGACAGGCCGCGCCGGGAGGGGAGGCAGAAGCGCGCGGGGUGCUGGGGGUGGAGUGUGGCGGCGUCUACACCAUCCAGUAGAGGGCACGAAUCGCAGGGCUCCAUGCGGGGCGGGGUGCCCCUGGCGCGGCCUCUUGGCCCGUGGGCACGGGGCCCAGCACCCGCCACCCGCUGGCUUCAGGGCCGGAGGCUGAGCUGUGGAAGCGAGCAGGACGCAGAGCACGGCUGACUUCACAGUAGUAG